AUGUCGCGCCACCACCCUGAUUUAGUCAUGUGUCGUAAAGCCCCCGGCAUCUCGAUCGGCCGUCUUUGCGACAAGUGCGACGGCAAGUGCCCCGUCUGCGACUCCUACGUGCGCCCGACGACUCUUGUGCGAAUCUGCGACGAGUGCUCCUUCGGCAACUACCAGAACAAGUGCAUCGUCUGCGGCGGUGAAGGGAUUUCCGACGCCUUUUACUGCUUCGAGUGCACGAGGUUGGAAAAGGACCGAGACGGGUGCCCGAAGAUUAUCAAUCUGGGAUCGUCGAGGACGGAUCUGUUCUAUCAAAAGAAGAAUUUCAGAAAUCAACAGUAUUAG